AAGGCUGAAUCUUCAAGUCAGUGCAAUUUAAGCUUUUGUCUCCAGUGGUUUAGCUCGGUCAACAUGCCCAAGUCGACAAAUGUUUUUUUCUAUGUGUUUGUGGCCAUGGUCCUGAACGUAUCACUGGCAAUAUUGAAGGAAAGUGGCCGUAACGUAUGCCUACUGCAGGAUCCUCCGAAUCAAUGCGGGGAGUUUUGCCUCUCCGCCCUGAUGCCCUUGAUUGAUCACAUUGCCAAGCACCAGGACCAGUGGAAAACCUGCGAUAAUGUCAAACUAAACGAGACGCAGGCUAAAUUGGAUAGAAUCGAGGGCCAACAGACAGCAAUAAAGGUGCAGAUUGAAAAGCAGGAAACAUCACUGAAGGAAUCUUGGAAGAAGAUAAUCUCGGAGAACUUUCAAGCUUCACGGGAGAAGAUGGAAGUUCAACUACAAGCUAGACAAAUGAAGAUGGAGGGUAAAUUAUCGGCCAUACAGGAAACUCUGACCAGCAUUAAGAUGUCUCUGGAAACAUUGAAACUGAAUACGAAAAAGACCAUACCGUGCAAGUUCGAGCAAAUCGGAUCCCGAUAUUUUUACAUUGAAGAUAAUCAAAAACAGAACUGGACCAGUGCUAUAACCACCUGCAACCAGAUGGGUGGCCAGUUGGCCACUAUCCAAAAUGAAAGGGAAUUUAACGCAAUCAGUGGAAAGCUGCUUCCAGAUUUUAGCUAUAUGCUGGGCAUUAGCGAUCUGGCUAAAAAGGGCGUGUUCAUUUCUGAGUCCUCCGGAAAGAGCGCUCCCUUCUUGAAGUGGAAACCUGGUGAGCCCGAUUACGCACACCCAGAUCAGCGUUGCGUAGCCAUGCAUAAUGGUGGGAUGUGGGUUGACGGUUGUACCGCAUUCCACAAUUUUAUUUGCCAAGCGGAAGAUUAAAUUUAUUAAGUCAAAAAUAAGAGAAAAUAUUAAAAUUUUCUUUGUUGUCCAAAGAAAAAAAAUAUAUUUGAAUUACCCGUUUUUAAAUGUAUUGUUUCUUAAGAUAUAAAAUAAACAUCAUAUUAUA